UGCUGCAGUGAACGGCAGCUGUGGAGAGAGAGGAAGAGAGAGAGAGACGGAUAUACAAACAGAGAGAGUGAGAGAGAGAAGGAGAGAGAGAGAGAGAGAGAGAGAGCGCGCGGAGGAAAAAGCAAGAAAAACAAAAGAGUCAGGAGAAGGAACAAGGAGAUUAAAAAGUCGAUAAAAACAGACUGAGAGAAGGCUCCGGACCAGCGACUGCUGCGCAUCAAAGGAGGGACCGUACUGAGGACCUUACUGGAGACCAGCGCCAACAAAACCCGACUCCGGAGGCGGAAUAUAACGGUGACACUCCAGAGCUCCUCUGCCCUCCUGAGGAUUCAGUGAGACAGGCGGAUCUGUGUGCCUGACCAUGGCCCUCCCAUCAGCCCGCUCCACAUUAUGGAGUGUCAGCUUAUUGAUGGUACUGUUCGCAGCUGCGGUUCGCAGCAACAUUAUCUUCGACGACGACCCCUUGCAGCCGGUGACCACAGACAAGACGGUGUCCGUAGGGGGGACAGUGACACUGACCUGCACGGUGCCCGAGAGCGAUAACUCCUCACUGCAAUGGUCCAACACUGCACAGCAGACCCUGUACUUUGGAGAAAAGAGAGCGCUGAGAGAUAACCGCAUCCAGCUGCACCGCUCCACACCCACCGAGCUUUCCAUAACCAUCGCUGAAGUGCAGAUGUCCGACGAGGGCGAGUACACCUGCUCCAUCUUCACCAUGCCGGUCCGCACCGCCCGGGCUACAGUCACCGUGCUAGGUGUGCCCGGUGAACCUCAGAUCUUGGGCUUUGAGAAUGCAGUGCCGGAGGGGGGCAAAGUCACCCUGACCUGCACCAGUACAGGCAGCAAACCCCCCGCCAAGCUGCACUGGUACCGAGGAGACAUGGAGCUGGAAGGACAUUCAAACGUGGUGGAGACCGUUCCAGACAAUCCGACAUACAACGUGAGCAGCGAGCUCACCCUGGAGGUGAGCCGCAGUGACGACAAGGCCCUCAUCACCUGUGCCGUCGACCAUCCCUCUCUCGCUCCGGGGGACAAGAGGAGCGAGCGCGCUCUGCGAGUGUUGUAUUCCCCUGACGUGCGGAUCACGCCUGAGAGCAAUCUGCCUAGAGAGGGGGAGAAGUUUUAUCUUCAGUGUGUGGGCAACGGCAACCCCGAGCCCACCUCUUACAGGUGGGAGAAGAAGGAUGGAGAGCUCCCCCCACUGGCCAAAGCCGACGGUGCUUUCUUGCGCUUCGAGAUGCUCAACAAAUCCGAUAAUGGCGUCUACCUCUGCGAAGCCAACAACGGCAUAGGACACAACCUGGGGGAGUACACACUGCUGGUGCAAGGCCUCAUGGACCCAGACUCCCCAGACACCACCUUAUCCUUCCUUGGCUCUCCAUCCUCUCCAUCCUCCUCCCUCCCACCCUCCUCUCCCCCUGACGUAUUCUCUGGCUCCGGCUCUGAUCCCACUUACUCCUACUCCUACCCUUCUCUCCUCGCCUCCACCUCCUCCCCCGAGCCUUCCCCAGACUCUUCACCUUCCCCAGACUCCUCAUCUUCCCCAGACUCCUCACCUUCCCCAGACUCCUCACCUUCCCCAGACUACCCACCUUCCCCCGACUCCUCACCUUCCCCCACCCCCUCCGCGGCUGACGUGCCGACCACUGUCUCUGAAUUCUCCACCACCACCCUCUCCAAUGCCCUCUUCCCCGACCUGCCGCUCUCUCCCUCCUCCUCCCUGACUCCCCCUCCCUCCUCCACCCGGACUCCUCCUCCCUCGUCCGCAAGCAUCGCUCCUUCCACUGCCAACCCCUCCCCCGCCUCCUCCCUCACUCCCUCAGUUUCCGUCCGGCUGAAUGGAGUUUACACUUUCACAGAUGCUGCAGACAACAUUGCAGACCCAACAGCCAUGUCGACGUCUUCGGGGGUGGACCACGCCGUGAUCGGAGGGGUGGUUGCUGUAAUUGUCUUCAUCCUGCUCUGCCUCCUCAUCGUCCUGGGCAGAUACCUCAUCAGACACAAAGGAACGUAUCUGACCCACGAGGCCAAGGGCUCGGACGACGCCCCCGAUGCGGACACGGCCAUCAUCAACGCAGAGGGAGGCCACUCCGGAGCAGAGGAUAAGAAGGAGUACUUCAUCUAGACAGAGGGCGCGGGAGCGGUGGAGGAAAGGAGGGAAAGCUGGAGGACGUGGAUUUAGAGGAGAGGGGAGGAGCGUAGGGGAAAGAAACCUCCAUUUGUUUUCACGACGCUUCAGUUCUUCACUCGUUUGGAAGGGACGAUGGGAGGGGACGGGACGGGAGGGAAAGAACUGCGGGCAGGAUAAAGCGAUGGUUGAGCUUCAGCUGGUACUACCCUCUUUGCAUUGAUACAGGGAAGUGAGAUUUUUGCACUGACACAUGGACAAACUGAAGUUACACACACACACACACACACACACAUACACACACACACACACGGACACAUAUGUACAUGAGUCAGUUUUGGGGAAAACUCUUCUCACACAGACUUGAAUGCUCGUAGAUGUUCCGAUUAAUAAGCGCGAGCCUCCUACUGUACUAACAACUGAAUUAUCUCUGAAUGACACAUUAACACCUUUUUACACAAACCUCGUACUUCUAACUGUCAGCGCCUUCCGAAAAGCUAAAUUGUAACUCACAUUCCGGCAUCCCGAGCUCUGAUACUUCACUUCUCACACCUCGUCCGACCUGUCUCCUUCAACAUCUAAACCAAAACCCCCGGCUCUGUCUCUUCACGUUUCUGUCCUCAUUCUUUCCAUCUGACAGGGCGGUAUCCCCCUGCAAACAUUCUACUGGCGAAGGAAUCCAUCCAAAGCAAAUUAUUACUGACAAACCUAAUCUCCCUCUCUCUCUCACAGUUUAAUCUUUUUAUGCCAUCGAACCUUCUUCCCACGUCCUCACAAACCCUGGUUCGAACCGUUGAGUUUCCCACAAUGCAGCACCACGACAUGCAGCACUCAUGCAAACAUAGCAUUCCCACCUUGCGCUACCAAGCCAAGGGGCUCCAGUAUACAUAUAUAAAUAUAUAUAUAUAGAAUUAUAUAGCAUUCUUUUUACAUGACAGAAAAUGUUUGGUGUGCUGUAAAUACACUCUCUCUCUCUCUGUCCUCUCUCCCACCUUCUCUUCUUCUUCUAUCCCUCUUCUCUUUCUCUACAUAUCCCUCUCUCCUGUAUCUCAUACAGUCUGUUACUGCAUUACAGUAACUUAUAUACUCAAAAAAAAAAAAAAAGCCUGCCUGUUUUUUAUUACAUGCG